AUGACGGAUGGAGUAGAUACUCAUAUAUUACGUUACUAUGAAAUUCAUAAACGUCUUGGAAAAGGAGCGUAUGGUAUCGUAUGGAAAGCAACAGAUAAACGAACUAAAGAAGUAGUUGCAUUAAAGAAAAUUUUCGAUGCAUUUCGUAAUCAAACAGAUGCACAAAGAACAUAUCGUGAAAUAGUUUUUUUACGUGAAUUUGGUGAACAUCCCAAUGUUAUUCGUUUACAGAAUGUUUUACGAGCUGAUAAUGAUAAAGAUAUUUAUCUUGUUUUUGAAUUUAUGGAAGCCGAUCUUCAUAAUGUUAUACGGAAAGGAAAUAUUCUUAAAGAUACACAUAAACGUUAUGUUAUGUACCAAUUAUUAAAAGCAAUGAAAUAUUUACAUUCAGCAAAUGUUAUUCAUCGUGAUAUGAAACCAUCAAAUGUUUUAAUUAAUCAACAAUGUCGUGUUAAAAUAUGUGAUUUUGGUCUUGCAAGAUCAUUAAAUUAUAUUUUUGAAGAUCCACAACAUCCAGCUUUAACAGAAUAUGUUGCAACAAGAUGGUACCGUGCACCAGAAAUUUUACUUGCUUCAUCAAAAUAUACAAAGGGUGUUGAUAUGUGGUCCAUUGGUUGUAUUCUAGGAGAAGUAUUACUUGGAAAACCUCUAUUUCAAGGUACAUCAACAUUUAAUCAAUUAGAACGUAUUCUUCAUCAUAUUCCAACACCGAGUCAUUCGGAUAUAGCGAGUAUUGCAUCACAUUAUGGACCGAGUGUGUUAGAACGAGCAUCAACUGGACAAAAAAAAUCGCUCGAUAGUUUACUUCCAAAUGCCGGUGAAGAAGCACUUGAUUUACUUCGUCGUCUUCUUCAUUUUAAUCCUGAUAAACGUAUUACAGCUGAAGAAGGAGUUCGUCAUCCAUAUGUCAUUUCAUUUCAUAAUUCAAAUGAUGAAAUGACUAAAGGUUAUGAUGUUGUUCCUCAAUUAAGCGAUGAUAUUCAAUUAUCUGUUGAUGAAUAUCGAAAAAAACUAUAUGAAUUAAUUCAAUUACGUAAAGUUUCAGCAAAAAUCAAUACAAAUAUGUCUUCCUCAAAUUCUGAAAUUCCGCGACCACGUGAUACAUCUGUUGAUCAAACACAACGUCAUGGUGCAAGUGCUUAUAUUGAUCAAUCUGAAUAUGAUGUUUAUAAACAACCAACAAUAAAUUCAACAUCUGGAGGAAAUCGAGGAGGAGUUUAUUCAAAUUAUCCAGUAGAUAAUAAUAACAAUAAAAAUCGAUAUGUGCAAGAUGUAAUUGAUGAUGAUGAUUAUACACCUAAAGUAACAAAUGAUUAUUCCACUGGACAACAACAACAAUAUACAAAAAAUUCUUCAACAACAGCUCAUUCAGGACUUAUCGGUCGUUCGAAUACUUACAGUAGUUCACAACCACGAGUAUUAAGUGGUAAACAUCGACAAGUAGCGACUAGUUCAUCUUUGUUAUAUCAAAAACCUGCCAAUGGAAGUUUAACACGUGAAAAACUUGGAGCAAAUCGUGGAUUUCGUUCAGGUUCAGCACCAACACCUACACCACCAUCGAAACAUAUAAGUAAUGGUAGUAAUAAUUAUUAUAUUCGACGUCCAACUGUUAUUUUUAAUGAUGAACGUGGUGGUCCGAGUGAUAAAAGUACAGGAGCACAAACGAGAAUGAAUAAUAAAUUUAUAUCAAAUCUUCGACCUACUUCAGCUGCUGAUAAUCGAAAUAAACCUCGUUUUCAUUCUGCAACGGUAACGAACUAUAAUCCACAAAGUGGAUCAUCAAAUAAUUACACAGGACAGUAUCAACAACAACAACAACGUCGUCCAACACAUGCUAAUCAUUCUAAUACAACAGUAUCAACAGUUGCACGUGAUAAUCUUGGUGGUUAUCAUCAAAAUAUGGGUACACUUACACAACAUGGACUACGUGUACUUGAUGGACUUCUUCAUAAUACAACAUAA